GUGGAUCAUAACUCUUCAAUUGCUUCCCACCGAAAGGUUGGGUUUAGGCUGAAGAAGUCGCCAGAAGGUCACUAUUGUACCGACAGUGCUUACACAGUGUUUGACACCCGUAACUGCCCAAAACGCGCCGGUCGCGCUCUCAGUCUCAGUCUGAAUCGUCAUUCCCAAGAGCCCCAGGCUGGAUAAAACCACUUGUGGAGCUCGAAAUUAGCUACGUAAUGGUCAAUUGUGUCAAUAAACCCAUUCCAGGGCCAUAUUCAAGGCUUCGCCACAUGUCUGAGCCAAUCCAGCUAGAAACAUUGGGCGAGACGAGGCUCGACCCCAAGCCGCACGGUGAACUACUCACCUAUAACCCCAGCAUUGAGCUGUUUGCCCGAGCAGCCGGGCCCAAAAGCCUCCAAAUAUGGCGCUCCAACGGUCAGGUCGUCGUCAAGAGCAGCCAGCGGGGCGAGAAGGAGAGUGUAGAGGCUUUGAGAUGGAAAACUGAUGGCCAAUUCCUCGCCGUCGCUUGGAGCGAUGGGGUGGUUAGGUUGAUGGGACUGGAGAACAGCAAAGCUGUGCAUCAAAUCCCCGUGUGCGAGGCGGGCAAGGCGAGGAUCACCUGUAUGGGUUGGACGAGGAACUUUGCCGGGAAACGCGCCGCAGUGUCAAAAUCUGUCGCUUCGGCUUUGCAGAAGUUGUCGCUGGAUGAUGAUGAUGAUGAUGGGGAGAAGAGGAUCAUGCAGAGCUUACCGCGUGAGCUCACGUUCCUCGAGGUGGAAACUGCUUUGCCUAAGAUCAGCCCACUGCCGGCCUCUGGGGGCUCGGGCGAUGACAUGUAUGUCUUCACCACAAGGGCAUCGUUGGAAUUUCUGUUUCGCCCUUUCGCACCCGAAGACAGCGACAAGGUGGAUGUCAUGAUCGUCGGCACAAACGACGGACAGAUCCAUCUGAGUAUUUACGACUCUUUCGUUAUUGGCAGUUUCAACUACAGUCUGCCCAGAGCCUUUGGUAUACAAUCACCUUUGGAGCUUAUCUCACACGCAUCACACCCUGAACUAUCAACACAUUCGCUGGUGUUCAAGUCUGCAUCAGAAGACCAGGCCAAAGCACUGUACUUGGUUCCCAUGGAUUUGACUUUUGUCUACUCAUCUCCGGAAAAUUUGUCUCUGUUGGCAUCUAAGACAACCACGCUACAGAAACUCCUGCGAUACGUCAAGCAGGUACAGAUGCAUAUGAUUAAUGAGUGGCAAUCUACGCGAGAAUUACCAAGCAGGUUCCUCAAAAGCAUCAACGAGACCCUCUCUGAAGCAGGGACGUACGGGGAGAUGGACAUUGGGCCGGCUUUAUACCAUACCGUUGUGACGGGUCACACUUUCCCAGAGGUCAAGGAAUGGCUUGUUGACCAACUAGCUGAACGAGGCCAUAAGAGAUGGGACAAAGCGGUGGUAUCCGGGUUGGAAAGCCUCCGCAGUCUAGUUCACGAGAACUUCCUUCCAGCAUUAGAGCGAAUAGCCAUCAUCCUGAGUCGGCUACUGGGCAUAGCCCGCUUCCACGAGUCUCAACACCAGAUCGGCUUCACCAGCGCACAGGUCACCAAAGUUAUGGACAUUGUAACGUGCUUGAUACUAGUCGGCAACAAGAUUCUCUUACUCGUGAUGGAAGAGCUCGACCUAUUCCAUUGCUUCUCGACCUGGCUGCGCCACGAGAUUGAUAGCUUGGCCUCGUCGUCUACGAAUGAGGAGCUCACCGAGAAAGAGGCUACUAUGGAACAUGGCAAGGUGUUAACGUAUAUUCGACAAUACCUGCCGGCGAGUCCUCUGCGGUGUUACCUACGCAGUGUACCAAAAGAGGACUCACAGAGAGAUUGGGAAUUAGCUGAGAAUGGCUCUUCAUUGCUGGACAUGCUGGACAAGCAGAUAUCAAAGCAGGAAUCAGGCCAAGACCAAAGCGCUAUGUUCUCACAAAUCGACUUCCUGGGCGCGUACCUAGCCAGCAAGGCGAAUGUCGUGUUUGAUGGCAUUGCCGAGGCGGAGAAGCGCAGUGUGCGGUUCGGAAAACCUACCAAGAUCGAGUUAAAGCAUAGCAUCUCCAAGUUUGAUGUCAGGAUGCAAUUAGCUCCAAAAGCGAAGGGUCUUAGUGGUGUUACAUUCACAGCUCUUACACAAGAGCAGCAGGAGAGCAAUGUCUACAUCUUCCGCACCGAAACAAACAUCACCAACGGCAUCAGCGGCAACGUCACAACCCAGGUAUCGAGCCUCACACUAGGUGAAGCCAAAGUGCUAGAUGUCAAAUUUAUUUACGAGGACUCUCUUCUCGUUCUGGCGUCAAUUGAAGACCAACUUCGCAUCAUCAGAAUACCGCACCAGUCAGCCGACCUGGGAUAUCGAGACUACACCGCGGGCACCACCUCGGUAACGCCACAUGCGCUAAGUACGGAACAGGUGACCAGCGUGUUCCUGAAUUUGAUCAUGCCAGGCGACGGAGGCUUUAUGCCGAUGCAGAUGGAAGUCAAGGAGGCCUGCUCGGAGAGAGGGAAGUUUCCGGCGAGGGUUUGUCUGCUUGGGGACGACUUGCAGACGUAUCGUGUGUUGGCUUUGCCUGCGAGUUUUUUCGGGGGAGGGGCGGGCGAGUAAAGGCUGCAUAUGGAGAAGGAGGAACUUGGAGGGAUUGAGUGGCAGAAUAGAAAAGAGCGUAUGCAUUGUAAUAACCGCCGCGGUUCAACAUAUUGGCCAUUUUCAAACUUGCGCCGAAGGCCUCCUAGAGUUUUAUGGGCAAUAGUCCAGAGUCUCCAAGAGUAAGGUGAAAGGCAUAGGCCAAUAUCUCGC